AUGGAUCCCCAAGUCCAACUUCUCCGUCGGCAAUAUCUCCAGCUUGUUGAACCCUCAAACCUAUCGUUCCCCACAGAUCCCUCAACUCUCCGCUCUCCACAUUUCCAAGCAUCUCUCUACGAGUCCCUUUUCGCCCCAAACCAGCCAAAUAAUACCUCUCCUCCAGAGAGAUACACAGCGCGUGUCCUCAAAAAGCUUAUAACCAAGCUAUCCGAACCACCAAUUGCACUAGGAGGAGAAGAACAAGAUCAAGAGCAACCUGAAAUCCAUGAGCAAUUAUUAGAGCUCUACACUGAGCUACUCUCACGCUCCUCGUCGGCGGCCUCUCCUCUUGAUCCAGAGGCAUCGAGAAGCUAUGUCACAUACAUCUUCCCACCGAGCCCGUUCAAUGGGGGUGAAAUUGGUCUGCCAGUAACGCUACAUGAGUCGAGAAAUAUAAUAUCUGGUGCAGGGACGACGGGAUUAAGGACUUGGGAGGCAGCUCUAGCGUUGAGCGAGUACUUAAUUUGUACGCAUCUACAGAAUAUCUACAAGAACACAGCGUUCACUCCGACUAUUGAGGGUGUGGGAAGAGUCCUAAGGGAGUAUAAUAGAGUAUUGGAGCUGGGGGCAGGUACAGGACUAGUAUCAAUUGUUGCUGCGAGGUUGGGAGCGCCAAAGGUGCUUGCCACGGACGGAGAUUCGAUGGUGUGCGAGGCGCUGGCAAAAAACGUGCACUUGAGCGGUGUUAGCGAGACAGUGACAGUAAGGAAAAGACUAUGGGGAGAUGAAAUCGAGAUGGAUGAGGACUUCGAUCUAGUCGUUGGUGCUGACGUGACCUACGACGCAACUGUGAUUUCGUAUUUGAUCAAGGAGCUUGAACAGCUUUUUGCUAAGAAUUCUCACAUCCGAGUCGUCAUCUCAGCAACCAUACGCAACGAAGAUACUUUUGCUACGUUUGAAAAGGCCUGUCGGAAUAGCGGGUUUGUGUUGGAACAAAAACUCUGGAUUCCACCUACCCCACAGAUAUUCUUUUAUGACCAAAUUGCACAGAUUCGGAUCAUUCACAUUACGAAGAGCACAGCCAAAUUUUUGGGGCUUUAA